AUGGAUCAUUCAAAUGUUACAACAUUUAAAAGACCCAAAGAAAUUCCAACGAGAGAACAACUAGCGGCGAUAUUCCACCCACCAACAAAGAAGAGAAGAAUUGCAUCAACACCAUCACAAACCAAAACGUCAACAGAUCCUUCUUCAGCAUUAUUAAAUUCAGUUCCACCAAAUAUUAUUCCAAUAAUUCAUCCACCAUCAAUAACUUCUGAUUUUUUCACUGAUGUUACAACGGAUUUAAGUAAUAAAAGGAUAUUAAAUCAAGUUCAAGGUAUAAUAAAGAAAUUCCCACCUCCAAUUCCGCCAAUACCACCAAAUCAAUCUGAUGAUGAAUAUUUAAGUGAAGAUGAAAAAGGUGGUAUAAUGAUACCAUUUAUAUACCCGCCACCACCUGUUAUAGAUAUAGACAAAUUGCCGUUCUCAUUGGCUUCAUUCAAGAAAAAAUUCGAGGAGAAAAGAAGAGAUUUAAAAGCAAAAGACAAUAAAACAGACGAGGAGGAUGAAGAUGAUGACGAAAAAGAAGAUGAAAAAGACGAUAAUGAAGAUGAUUCGUACGAUCUAGAAGCAAAUGAGAUUUCAACACUACAACAUACUGAUGGGCAGAAAUCCUCACACAAAUUUUAUGUUCAAGCACCACCAUUACCUUUCCCUCCUAAAAAUUAUAUGUCAUAUCCAUUAUUAGCAGAAAAAUCAGCAUUAGUACCGGAAGAAGUAUUUGCAUCAUUUUUAGAAGCAAAUGAAGAGAUACCCAGAGUUGAUAUGGUAUUAGCAAGUGCAGCAGGCUCAUUAUUUGAUUUAAGAAAAGAAGCAAUAGAUGAAGGAUUAACUAUAGAAGAUUUUGAAAUAAUGACUAAAAAAUUACAUCAAAUUGAAGAAGAUAUACUGGCUGAUGAAAGUGAUAAUUCGACAAAACAACAUAAAUUGGAUGAAAGAAUGAAGUAUUAUCAAAAAAUAGAUACAAAAAUUUAUGAAGAUCCUUAUAAAUCACAAUGGACAGAAGUAAAACAAAAUCAAUUACAUAGGGAUCCAAAAUAUGAUUUGAUAAAUAGUAAGAUAAGUAAUAUUAAAGGAAUAACUAAAAGACCAACAUACGAAAAUCCUUAUUCAUAUCCACGUAAUGUGGACUAUACAUUUGCAAGAAUUAAUAAAAUAUCAACAGCAACAAAGGACGUAGCAUCAGCAAAUGGAAAUUUAAAAGAAAGAAGAAGAAAAGCUUUGCGAGAACAAGUAGAGAAUUUAGAAGAAUAUGAAUAUCAAAAUCGAAAUAAAAUCUACAAUGCUCAGAAAUUUGAAUUAUUAAGAAGAUUAAAUAAUCUAAAAUCAUCAAAAAUCAAAUUCUUGAAUUCUACUAUAAAAGAUGAAGAAUUGGACAAUAGAAAUAAAGAUUUGGAGAUUGAAAGAGACUACGAGUUAGUCAAAUUGAAAAUUUUUGAGAAAUAUGAGUUAUUGAAAAAUUCACUAUUGUUCUAUGAAGAUUCCAACAAGAUUUACAAGAGUUUAAAUUCACUUUUGAUUAAAAAACUAGAAAAGUUGAAGAAUUUUUUUGAAUAUCAGAGGGACGUUUUUGAAAAAUUAAUUGAAGAACCUGAAAAAGAUGAAGAAGAGGAUGAGUUAGCUAUAUUUGAUAUUGCAAGUAAGGAAUCAUCAAAAUUAUUUAAUGGAAUUUCAAGUGAUGCGGCUGGUGAACCUGAAGAAGAUGAACCAGGUGUUAGUUCAACUGAUUCAGUUAUUAACAAAUUAUUGAAUUCAUCAUCAUCGAACCAUCCACUAGUUCAUGAUUUUAUGCCAUUAAUAAGUAAAGAAGAAUUUGAUAUAAUAACAAGCGAUGUGCCAAAGAAUUUAAAACCAUCAACCAACAUAAAAACUUCAAGAAAACAUCAAAUAUUUGCAGGUUCAAUAUAUGAUAAAAUGAUGACUUCUGGAUCCGAUACGAAUACGAGUGACACCAAUAAAAACAAUGGUCAACCUGAAAAACCAGCACCAAAAAGAAGAGGAAGAAGAACAAUUGCACCACAACAACCAAAUAAUGGAACUAUAAGUGGUUCAGAUAGAAAUGGAACUUCUUUAGUACUUGGUGGUGGUACAUCAACAACAACAAUACCUUCAAUUGAUAGAUCAAAUAAUUUAGAUACAAAAUAUUCAGAAGCUGCAUUGUUAGCUAAAAUAAAUAAACAGUUUUAUGGACCACAAAUGGCAAGAAGUGAUGAAAUGGCAAAAGAUUUAGAAUUAAUGGGUAUCAAAACCAAAUGGCCAAUAAAGUAA